GUUGUAUAAAAUGCGAAGAAGGCUAUUAUAUUGAUACUAAAACUAAGGCGUGUGCUUAGUGUUCUUCUAAAUAUACUAAUUGUUAAUCAUGUGAUAGUCUAUCUUGUAAAAAAUGUAAUAAUGGAUAUUAAUUUGAUUCUUUAAAAAAAUAAUGCUAAUAAAUCUCUGUUAAAUCUGGAACUAUUGUAAAAACUGGAACUACUGUAAAAACUGGAACUACUGGCACUACUGGAACUACUGGAUCUACUGGAUCUACUGUAACAACUGGAACUAAUGUAACUACUGGAGCUACUGGAACUACUGGAACUAAUGUAACUACUGGAGCUACUGGCACUACUGGCACUACUAGAACUACUGGAACUACUGGAACUACUGGAACUACUGGAACUACUGGAACUACUGGAACUACUGGAACUACUGGAACUACUGGAACUACUGGAACUACUGGAACUACUGGAACUACUGGAACUACUGGAACUACUGGAACUACUGGAACUACUGGCACUACUGGAACUACUAGAACUACUGGAACUACUGGAAAUACUUUAAAAAAUGUAAAUACAGGAAAAACUAGUAAUAGUGGAGUUACAGGAAACAAAGGAAAUAAUGGAAUAUCAGGAAAUAAAGGAAUAUAAUGCUCAACAGGAUGUAAAGAAUGCAAAUAACCUGGACUAUGCUUAUCAUGUAACUAAGGUUUUAUUUUUGAUAAUAGCACGAAAUAAUGCGUAACUUGCUUAAAAAAAUACACUAAUUGUAAAGAAUGUACGGAAACUAAAUGCACAUAAUGUAAUUCUGGAUAUACAUAUAAUGA